UCUAGUGAGCAUCCACUGAAACACUAUGAUUUGCGGCUAACUUUAUUUGAUAGCUGUUUUACAGAUUCCUGCCAACGUCCUCAUUAUAAAAAAAUUAAAAGCCAAUUUCAGAGUAGGCUUUGCAGUACUACUGAAGACGUUUUAGAAAUAUUUUUUUAAGUGUUGCAGUGUUUGAUUUUGUCUAAUUGACGUUAAUUCGUUUUCCAAGUAAGCGAUUUCUUUAUCGAUUACGGAAGUGUGGCAGGGAGACCAAGGAAUAACGAAAGGGGACUGCGACUAACUUCAUUUAAUUGUCCCGGUGAAAAUUGUUGAACAGUUUGGAGUUUGGAGACGUAAAGAAGAAAAUUGAGCAAAAUGACUGAACAAGCGCUACCACCUCCUGUUAUGUGGGCCCAGCGGUCCGCCGUAGUGUUUCUAACGAUAUGCUUAGAAGAUGUAAAGGACCCUGAAAUCAAGUUUAGUAAAGACUCAGUAUACUUCAAAGGAACUGGUGGAGUAGAAAAGAAAUCAUAUGAAGUAACUAUUCCACUGUAUAAAGAAAUAGACCCAGAUAAAAGCAAAAGCUUCAACAGGGAAAGAUGUAUUGAACUUCUACUAGCCAAAGCACAUCCAGAUGAACCUUACUGGCCACACCUUACCUCAGACAAGAAGAAGCAUCACUGGUUGAAGUGUGACUUCAAUAAAUGGCAAGACGAAGACGAUUCUGGUGAUGAGGGCCUUGGUGGCAUGGGAGGAGGCGACUUUGAGGAGAUGAUGCGUCAGAUGGGAGGAUUAGGUACGUGAAGGACUAUUUAUUGCUACAUUAAUUUUUGUUUAUCACUUGCAUGCUAACCUUAAUUCAUUAACUUGUAAAGAGAGGGUUAUGAAUAUCUUAUGUCAUCCAUAGCAUUGUAUUUAAUACAUCCAGUUUAACUAUAAUUUUCUUUAAACAUGUUGAUACAAGAUGUAUGUGAGCAUUGUCCAAUGAUGCAAUCUAAUACACAAGUUAAGUCGAACAGUUUUGACAAUGAUAAUGCGAGCUCGUUAUUUUAAGUGUUUUUUUUUUUUGUAAUUAGCUCGCUAUUGCAAGUGUUAUUUUUUUGUAAUUCAAUGGAUGUCGAAACAUGAAGAACACAAUAGUAUUUGCUGAUUGGGCAAAAUAUAUCUCUAUAAUUUACUAUUGAUAUUCACCUUUGGGCUUUAUAUACUCUGAUAAUCACAAUUAUUGAUAAAUUAUAGUGUGUUUUAAAUUCGACCCUCACCUUUAGAAUCUCCAAAACUGUAAGAAGUAAUCAACAAAAAACGGCUUAGAAAGUUCCGAAAUCAGAAGUAUUUCCGGAGAGAGACGGAAAACCGAACAUUCCCAAAAUUGUUUUAAUUUUUCCCUAACUUCAUUUGUAGAGGGGUUUCAAAAUAAAUUGCACAUUAACUUUGUCACUUUUUCGCAUCUAGCGACGUAUCUCUUACAGUUUCAGAGAUCCAAAUGGUGAGGGUCGAAUUUGUAAACACCCUGUAUAUGUCAAGUUUCCACACAAUCAGAGGUUUUGACCAAGUUUUUUAGUAUUCGGCCCCAUUGUACGCCGCCUAGCGGUAGUAAAAUCGGAUAUCGUUGCAAUCGCGAUACAUUUCGAGAACACAGUAUUGUCUUUUUGAUGUUACAUGACAUACAUGUUACCUAUUUCUAUCAGGUUGUCUGUCUGUCUGUUAACCUUUGGCCCCUCUAUAAUUCGAAAAUAACCGUUCCGAUUUUAAAUUGUGUGGCGCUUUUGAACGGGCAAUUGGAACAUGUCCAUCCUUUUCUACAUAUACGAGUAUGUCGCUCAUAUGAUAACAAUGGAUAGCCUAUAUAAGCUGUUAUUAAUAGAAAUAUUAAUUGCUUAAUGUACGCGUUAUUAUGCUUUGUGUACUAGCAACUAUUAUUUAACAUGGAGUAUGGGCAACAACUUGUUCACUAUUUCCUUUUCUCAAUUGUUUUAGGUGGUGGUGGGGGAAAACCUAGUCUCGAUGACUUAGAUGCAGAUGACGGUGAUGAUUCAGAUAAUGAACCUAUUCCUGACUUAGAAUAACUUUAGAUUUCAUAUUUAGUCUUAACAUAACGUAAAUCUUCAGCAUUUUAUUUUGAACAUGUAUUUGAACAGCUGAUACAUGGAUUUUAUUUCUGUUUCCACCUAUAAUUUUUGUUUUCCUUAUUUUUCAAUCGUUUUCACUUUUCGAAGCAAGUGCAGACCUGCAUGCAAAUGAUAUAAUGGAAAGUUUGCAUUUGAAGUUUAAUAGAUACAAACUAUUGCAGACACCACCUUUAUGUACAACUUUCUGUUUAACUUACUAGUAGAUAAUUCGCCGAGUUGGAAACCGGUAAACGCUUUGCGUGAAAUAGGUUAUUUUUAUUCUUAGCAGUUUAAGCAAUAUCUGGCAGUCGUGUACAUUUAAACGUAACUGAUAACAUGCAAAAAUAAUGUUACUUUACAUCCAGGUCUGUACUGCUAAUCUUAUUUGGCUGAUGUGUAUAAUAUAUACAGUGUGUUCAGUCAAAUUAUUUCGAAUAAUGUCACAUCUCGCAUUCGUACAUUGUUUUAACGAAUCGAGAUUAUUUAUGCAUUGUAUGUAUAAAGGAGUUUUUUAAUUACAGGUAACAUUCUAAUAUUGUAUUAUUCAUUUUUUCCUUGGAUACCAGUAUUGUGUGCAUAGGUGAAAGCAAUAAAAAGUUACAGCAAUAAUGGAACCAAACAGUUUUUGAUUGAAUAUGCAGUAUUGCAGUCUGUUUGGAUAUGCACUUAUGCAGUCUCAUUUUGCCCUAAAUGAAGCAAAAUUAUUUGUCUUUGGUGUUCUAAAAAUUCGUCCAAAAAAGAACAGAUUUUCGCGCCUAUGUUUCAAUAGCUGCUGUCACCUAGAUACAACAGUGUCGACUGAACGUUAUGUACUAUUGCAACCUUUUAAAAUUCAGAAUAUUGCUAUCAUGUCUGAGAAGCUUCCAUUUUGCCUGCUUAGAUUCUCAGUUCAACCAUUAGCUCUUGAAAACCAGUUGUUACUAUUUCUUCAAUCACAACGUGAAAGUUUUGAAAAAACCUGCCGUCCUAUUCUGACUGAAUCGUAAUUCAUCAAAACUAGUAUCGUUGUAGAUACUCUUUGACUUGUGACGGCUUAUGCCUAAAAAAUAAUCGUUGUUGAAUGCAUUUUAGGCACAGGUGAUGGCCAACCAGUUUUGGAUGAUGCUGGAGAUGGCGACGAUCCGGAUUCUGAUGACGAAAAACCUUUUCCAGACUUGGAAUAAAUUCAGAUCCAGUUCGGAUAUACUUCCAAUAUUUUGUAAUUUGUUACUUGCUUAGUUAUAUCUGAUACACUAAAUAUUUGGUUUAGAGAGUGUUGUUUUCUAUUAGCGCAUUAUCUAUGUAAUCAUACCCUUCAUAAUGGUCCAAACUGAGCUACUUAACUGUCGCAUGCUGGUAUUGUGACUUGUGACAGAAUAUCUGCAUUGCGUCAGCUUGACAUAAAAAGGUUAGAUGUAGCUCAACUUAGGCACUGUUCUCACCAAAAGCAACUCGAUUUCGACAUGCGAAUGUCAUUGUGACACGCUAUCCAAAGUUCCUGUCAUAUGCUUGAAAACACGUUGAUUAUUUUUCAAAAGUACUUCUUCGUCUCGUUUCUGUGUUUUUCGAAGUGAUUCGGCUGGUGCAGCAAUGUUGAAAAAUUUCCAAAACCCGUAUUAACUAACCUGUGACAUAUACAUUCAUUUCAUGCUUACUUAUAGGCGCGGAAUGAGCUAACGGCACAUUAUCAGUUACCUAGUGCACAAGUUGAAAUUUUACUGAUUUAUUUGGAAUUAUGUAGUUUUUUACGCAAUAACCCUGCAGAAGACCUACAGUU